UAUAGAGAAAAUUUGUAUACAGACAAAGAGUUCUAGCCAUGGCUGCAUCUUUCUCAGUGCCAUCAAUGAUUGUGGAGGAAGAAGGGAGGUUUGAAGCAGAGGUAGCAGAGAUGCAAGCAUGGUGGAACUGUGAGAGGUUCAAGCUCACUCGUCGACCAUAUUCAGCCAGAGAUGUUGUGGCACUACGUGGCAAUCUCAGACAAGACUAUGCCUCAAAUGAGUUGGCCAAGAAGCUCUGGAGGACUCUCAAGACUCACCAAGCCAAUGGGACAGCCUCAAGGACUUUUGGUGCUCUUGACCCUGUUCAAGUCACCAUGAUGGGCAAGCACUUAGACACCAUUUAUGUCUCUGGUUGGCAGUGCUCGUCUACCCACACGACGAGCAACGAGCCUGGACCAGACCUUGCUGACUACCCCUACGACACUGUCCCAAACAAGGUUGAGCACCUGUUUUUUGCCCAACAAUAUCAUGACCGAAAACAAAGAGAGGCUCGAAUGAGCAUGAGCCGAGAAGAGAGGGCUAGAACUCCUUAUAUUGAUUAUCUGAAACCCAUAAUUGCCGAUGGUGAUACUGGAUUUGGUGGUGCCACUGCAACUGUUAAGCUUUGUAAACUUUUUGUGGAGCGCGGAGCUGCUGGAGUUCACAUCGAGGAUCAGUCAUCAGUGACCAAAAAAUGUGGUCACAUGGCUGGAAAAGUACUUGUUGCGGUGAGUGAACACAUCAAUAGGCUUGUGGCUGCAAGGUUGCAGUUUGAUAUCAUGGGGGUUGAGACGGUCUUGGUGGCUCGAACCGAUGCAGUUGCUGCCAAUUUGAUUCAAAGCAACAUUGACACUAGGGAUCACCAGUUCAUUUUGGGUGUAACCAAUCCAAACCUCAAGGGUAAGAGUUUAGCUACUCUUCUAGCGGAGGCAAUGGCUGCUGGUAAAAAUGGACCUGAGCUGCAAGCCCUCGAGGACAACUGGUUGUCAAUGGCACAAUUGAAGACGUUUUCGGAGUGUGUCAUGGAUGCAAUUAAGAAUGCCAACAUUGGAGAGGCUGAGAAGAGGAGGAGAUUGAACGAGUGGAUGAAUUAUUCAAGCUAUGAUAAGUGCCUCUCACACGAGCAAGGCCGAGAGAUUGCAGAGAGACUGGGGCUUAAUAAUCUGUUCUGGGACUGGGACUUGCCUAGAACCAGAGAAGGGUUUUAUAGGUUCAAGGGCUCUGUGAUGGCAGCAAUUGUGCGUGGCUGGGCUUUCGCUCCACACACUGACAUUAUUUGGAUGGAGACUUCGAGCCCCGACUUGGUUGAGUGUACCACAUUCGCAGAAGGGGUGAAAUCGAUGAAACCGGAGAUCAUGUUGGCUUACAAUCUUUCUCCAUCUUUCAACUGGGAUGCUUCGGGAAUGACAGAUGAACAGAUGAUGGAUUUCAUCCCUAGGAUUGCCAAGUUGGGUUACUGUUGGCAGUUCAUUACUCUGGCUGGUUUCCAUGCAGAUGCUCUCAUUGUGGACACUUUUGCUAAGGAUUUUGCUAGGAGGGGAAUGUUGGCUUAUGUGGAGAAGAUCCAGAGGGAGGAGAGGAACAAUGGAGUUGAUACACUGGCCCACCAAAAAUGGUCUGGUGCAAAUUACUAUGAUCGAGUCCUCAGGACUGUCCAGGGAGGCAUUACUUCCACUGCUGCUAUGGGAAAAGGAGUGACUGAAGAUCAGUUCAAAGACACAUGGACAAGGCCAGGAGCAACACAUAUGGGUGAUGGCACUGUUGUGCUAGCAAAGUCAAGAAUGUAGGAGAAAUAUUUUGAUAUGGUGAAGAGGAGCUUUGGACCUAAAGUACAAUAACGUGUUUCAAUAAUUGCAUUGUGUGAUUGAAUCAAGAUGGGCAUUUUUUGGCCCC